AUGACAUAUCGUUGGGCUACACUGCUCAUUAUUACAUAUCGUUGGGCUACACUGCUCAUUAUUACAUAUCGUUGGGCUACACUGCUCAUUAUUACAUAUCGUUGGGCUACACUGCUCAUUAUUACAUAUCGUUGGGCUACACUGCUCAUUAUUACAUAUCGUUGGGCUACACUGCUCAUUAUUACAUAUCGUUGGGCUACGCUGCUCAUUAUUACAUAUCGUUGGGCUACGCUGCUCAUUAUUACAUAUCGUUGGGCUACACUGCUCAUUAUUACAUAUCGUUGGGCUACACUGCUCAUUAUUACAUAUCGUUGGGCUACACUGCUCAUUAUUACAUAUCGUUGGGCUACACUGCUCAUUAUUACAUAUCGUUGGGCUACACUGCUCAUUAUUACAUAUCGUUGGGCUACACUGCUCAUUAUUACAUAUCGUUGGGCUACACUGCUCAUUAUUACAUAUCGUUGGGCUACACUGCUCAUUAUUACAUAUCGUUGGGCUACACUGCUCAUUAUUACAUAUCGUUGGGCUACACUGCUCAUUAUGACAUAUCGUUGGGCUACACUGCUCAUUAUUACAUAUCGUUGGGCUACACUGCUCAUUAUUACAUAUCGUUGGGCUACACUGCUCAUUAUUACAUAUCGUUGGGCUACACUGCUCAUUAUUACAUAUCGUUGGGCUACACUGCUCAUUAUUACAUAUCGUUGGGCUACACUGGUCAUUAUGACAUAUCAUUGGGCUACAACUGCUCAUUAUUACAUAUCGUUGGGCUACACUGCUCAUUAUUACAUAUCGUUGGGCUACACUGCUCAUUAUUACAUAUCGUUGGGCUACACUGCUCAUUAUUACAUAUCGUUGGGCUACACUGCUCAUUAUUACAUAUCGUUGGGCUACACUGCUCAUUAUUACAUAUCGUUGGGCUACACUGCUCAUUAUUACAUAUCGUUGGGCUACACUGCUCAUUAUUACAUAUCGUUGGGCUACACUGCUCAUUAUUACAUAUCGUUGGGCUACACUGCUCAUUAUUACAUAUCGUUGGGCUACACUGCUCAUUAUUACAUAUCGUUGGGCUACACUGCUCAUUAUUACAUAUCGUUGGGCUACACUGCUCAUUAUUACAUAUCGUUGGGCUACACUGCUCAUUAUGACAUAUCGUUGGGCUACACUGCUCAUUAUGACAUAUCGUUGGGCUACACUGCUCAUUAUUACAUAUCGUUGGGCUACACUGCUCAUUAUUACAUAUCGUUGGGCUACACUGCUCAUUAUUACAUAUCGUUGGGCUACACUGCUCAUUAUUACAUAUCGUUGGGCUACACUGCUCAUUAUUACAUAUCGUUGGGCUACACUGGUCAUUAUGACAUAUCAUUGGGCUACACUGCUCAUUAUUACAUAUCGUUGGGCUACACUGCUCAUUAUUACAUAUCGUUGGGCUACACUGCUCAUUAUUACAUAUCGUUGGGCUACACUGCUCAUUAUUACAUAUCGUUGGGCUACACUGCUCAUUAUUACAUAUCGUUGGGCUACACUGCUCAUUAUUACAUAUCGUUGGGCUACACUGCUCAUUAUUACAUAUCGUUGGGCUACACUGCUCAUUAUUACAUAUCGUUGGGCUACGCUGCUCAUUAUUACAUCGUACACUUUCUGCCUGUGGACAUCUGUUCUACAAUGUGUCAGCAGCAGAGCAUGAGACCCUCUGUUGGCAUAACUGAUCUCUUUCAGAGAGUACGCCUGCCACACCCCUUUCAGAGAGUACGCCUGCCACACCCCUUUCAGAGAGUACGCCUGCCACACCCCUUUCAGAGAGUACGCCUGGCACACCCCUUUCAGAGAGUACGCCUGGCACACCCCUUUCAGAGAGUACGCCUGGCACACCCCUUUCAGAGAGUACGCCUGGCACACCCCUUUCAGAGAGUACGCCUGCCACACCCCUUUCAGAGAGUACGCCUGGCACACCCCUUUCAGAGAGUACGCCUGCCACACCCCUUUCAGAGAGUACGCCUGUCACACCCCUUUCAGAGAGUACGCCUGGCACACCCCUUUCAGAGAGUACGCCUGCCACACCCCUUUCAGAGAGUACGCCUGGCACACCCCUUUCAGAGAGUACGCCUGCCACACCCCUUUCAGAGAGUACGCCUGGCACACCCCUUUCAGAGAGUACGCCUGUCACACCCCUUUCAGAGAGUACGCCUGCCACACCCCUUUCAGAGAGUACGCCUGGCACACCCCUUUCAGAGAGUACGCCUGGCCACACCCCUUUCAGAGAGUACGCCUGCCACACCCCUUUCAGAGAGUACGCCUGCCACACCCCUUUCAGAGAGUACGCCUGCCACACCCCUUUCAGAGAGUACGCCUGCCACACCCCUUUCAGAGAGUACGCCUGGCACACCCCUUUCAGAGAGUACGCCUGCCACACCCCUUUCAGAGAGUACGCCUGCCACACCCCUUUCAGAGAGUACGCCUGGCACACCCCUUUCAGAGAGUACGCCUGCCAUACCCCUUUCAGAGAGUACGCCUGCCACACCCCUUUCAGAGAGUACGCCUGCCACACCCCUUUCAGAGAGUACGCCUGGCAACACCCCUUUCAGAGAGUACGCCUGCCACACCCCUUUCAGAGAGUACGCCUGCCACACCCCUUUCAGAGAGUACGCCUGGCACACCCCUUUCAGAGAGUACGCCUGCCACACCCCUUUCAGAGAGUACGCCUGUCACACCCCUUUCAGAGAGUACGCCUGGCACACCCCUUUCAGAGAGUACGCCUGCCACACCCCUUUCAGAGAGUACGCCUGCCACACCCCUUUCAGAGAGUACGCCUGCCACACCCCUUUCAGAGAGUACGCCUGCCACACCCCCUUUCAGAGAGUACGCCUGCCACACCCCCUUUCAGAGAGUACGCCUGCCACACCCCCUUUCAGAGAGUACGCCUGCCACACCCCCUUUCAGAGAGUACGCCUGCCACACCCCCUUUCAGAGAGUACGCCUGCCACACCCCUUUCAGAGAGUACGCCUGCCACACCCCUUUCAGAGAGUACGCCUGCCACACCCCUUUCAGAGAGUACGCCUGGCACACCCCUUUCAGAGAGUACGCCUGCCACACCCCUUUCAGAGAGUACGCCUGCCACACCCCUUUCAGAGAGUACGCCUGGCACACCCCUUUCAGAGAGUACACCUGCCACACCCCUUUCAGAGAGUACGCCUGCCACACCCCUUUCAGAGAGUACGCCUGGCACACCCCUUUCAGAGAGUACGCCUGGCACACCCCUUUCAGAGAGUACGCCUGCCACACCCCUUUCAGAGAGUACGCCUGCCACACCCCUUUCAGAGAGUACGCCUGCCACACCCCUUUCAGAGAGUACGCCUGCCACACCCCUUUCAGAGAGUACGCCUGGCACACCCCUUUCAGAGAGUACGCCUGCCACACCCCUUUCAGAGAGUACACCUGCCACACCCCUUUCAGAGAGUACGCCUGCCACACCCCUUUCAGAGAGUACGCCUGCCACACCCCUUUCAGAGAGUACGCCUGCCACACCCCUUUCAGAGAGUACGCCUGCCACACCCCUUUCAGAGAGUACGCCUGGCACACCCCUUUCAGAGAGUACGCCUGGCACACCCCUUUCAGAGAGUACGCCUGGCACACCCCUUUCAGAGAGUACGCCUGGCACACCCCUUUCAGAGAGUACGCCUGCCACACCCCUUUCAGAGAGUACGCCUGCCACACCCCUUUCAGAGAGUACGCCUGUCACACCCCUUUCAGAGAGUACGCCUGGCACACCCCUUUCAGAGAGUACGCCUGCCACACCCCUUUCAGAGAGUACGCCUGGCACACCCCUUUCAGAGAGUACGCCUGCCACACCCCUUUCAGAGAGUACGCCUGGCACACCCCUUUCAGAGAGUACGCCUGCCACACCCCUUUCAGAGAGUACGCCUGCCACACCCCUUUCAGAGAGUAACGCCUGGCACACCCCUUUCAGAGAGUACGCCUGCCACACCCCUUUCAGAGAGUACGCCUGCCACACCCCUUUCAGAGAGUACGCCUGCCACACCCCUUUCAGAGAGUACGCCUGCCACACCCUUUCAGAGAGUACGCCUGGCACACCCCUUUCAGAGAGUACGCCUGGCACACCCCUUUCAGAGAGUACGCCUGCCACACCCCUUUCAGAGAGUACACUGCCACACCCCUUUCAGAGAGUACGCCCUGCCACACCCCUUUCAGAGAGUACGCCUGCCACACCCCUUUCAGAGAGUACGCCUGCCACACCCCUUUCAGAGAGUACGCCUGCACACCCCUUUCAGAGGAGUACGCCUGCCACACCCCUUUCAGAGAGUACGCCUGGCACACCCCUUUCAGAGAGUACGCCUGGCACACCCCUUUCAGAGAGUACGCCUGGCACACCCCUUUCAGAGAGUACGCCUGCCACACCCCUUUCAGAGAGUACGCCUGCCACACCCCUUUCAGAGAGUACGCCUUGCCAACACCCCCUUUCAGAGAGUACGCCUUCGACACACCCCUUUCAGAGAGUACGCCUGCCACACCCCUUUCAGAGAGUACGCCUGCCACACCCCUUUCAGAGAGUACGCCUGCCACACCCCUUUCAGAGGAGUACGCCUGCCACACCCCUUUCAGGAACCCCUUUCAGAGAGUACGCCUGGCACACCCCUUUCAGAGAGUACGCCUGCCACACCCCUUUCAGAGAGUACGCCUGGCACACCCCUUUCAGAGAGUACGCCUGCCACACCCCUUUCAGAGAGUACGCCUGGCAUACCCCUUUCAGAGAGUACGCCUGGCACACCCCUUUCAGAGAGUACGCCUGCCACACCCCUUUCAGAGAGUACGCCUGCCACACCCCUUUCAGAGAGUACGCCUGGCACACCCCUUUCAGAGAGUACGCCUGCCACACCCCUUUCAGAGAGUACGCCUGCCACACCCCUUUCAGAGAGUACGCCUGCCACACCCUUUCAGAGAGUACGCCUGCCACACCCCUUUCAGAGAGUACGCCUGGCACACCCUUUCAGAGAGUACGCCUGUCACACCCCUUUCAGAGAGUACGCCUGCCACACCCCUUUCAGAGAGUACGCCUGCCACACCCCUUUCAGAGAGUACGCCUGCCACACCCCUUUCAGAGAGUACGCCUGGCACACCCCUUUCAGAGAGUACGCCUGCCACACCCCUUUCAGAGAGUACGCCUGUCACACCCCUUUCAGAGAGUACGCCUGCCACACCCCUUUCAGAGAGUACGCCUGCCAUACCCCUUUCAGAGAGUACGCCUGCCACACCCCUUUCAGAGAGUACACCUGCCACACCCCUUUCAGAGAGUACGCCUGCCACACCCCUUUCAGAGAGUACGCCUGCCACACCCCUUUCAGAGAGUACGCCUGCCACACCCCUUUCAGAGAGUACGCCUACCACACCCCUUUCAGAGAGUACGCUUGCCACACCCCUUUCAGAGAGUACGCCUGCCACACCCCUUUCAGAGAGUACGCCUGGCACACCCCUUUCAGAGAGUACGCCUGGCACACCCCUUUCAGAGAGUACGCCUGGCACACCCCUUUCAGAGAGUACGCCUGGCACACCCCUUUCAGAGAGUACGCCUGCCACACCCCUUUCAGAGAGUACGCCUGCCACACCCCUUUCAGAGAGUACGCCUGCCAUACCUCUUAA